AUGAAACUGCACUUCUGCAUCCCCGCGACCCAGCAGCGGCCCGACGCGCUGGGGGGCCGCUACGUGCUCUACUCGGUGCACCUGGACGGCUCCCUCCUGUGCCGGGUGCGCUACAGCCAGCUGCACCGCUGGGACCAACAGCUGAGAAGGGUCUUUGGAAACUGCCUGCCCCGCUUCCCACCCAAGCACUAUCUUGCGAUGACCCCGUCGAUGGCCGAAGAGAGGCGGGACCAGUUGGAACAAUAUUUGCAAAAUGUGGCUGUGGAUCCUGGCAUGCUGAGAAGCGACGUCUUUGUGGACUUCUGGAAGCUGGCACAGCUGGACACAUUUUGCAUCAGUCCUGAGGAGGCCUCUCUGGAUGUGUUUCUGCCCAGUGGAAGGAGCGUGCAGGUGACGGUUCUCACCUCGGACACGACUGAGACAGUCCUGGAGGUGCUGUCGCGCCGGCUGGGGCUGUGUGCUGAGCUCCGGGACUACUUUGGCCUGUUCCUCAUUGGCUUCCAGCAGGAGACUGAGCCUUCUAUCCUGAAGAAACUGGCUGUCUUUGAACUCCCUUUUGUUAGUCUUCGAUAUGCUGAAGUGGGAAGCUGCAGAGUGGAACUCAGGAAGUGGUACCUGGACCCUGCCCUGGACGCCAGGCUGAUAGACUGCGGUGCUGCCCUGAGUUUGCUCUACACACAGGCCCUGCAGGACAUGGAAAGGGAGUGGGCCAAGCCCACUGCAGCCCAGAGGCAGGAGCUGGAGGCUUUCCAGAAAGAGGACAACCAACCCAAGUUCCUGGAGCUGGCCCAGGGGGUCCAGCACUACGGGCACCUGCAGCUGGACCCCUGCACCUGCGACUUCCCGGAGCCAGGCUGCGCGGCUAAGCUGGCAGUGGGUGGUGGUGCCAUCCACUGCCGGGUCUCCCUGCCUGACGGCCAGACGCGGGACGUCAGCUUCGAGAUGAGCAGCCUGAGGUGUUGGCAAGUCGCCUUCCAGGGGAUACUGCUGGCUACCGACGGGCCUCCGCGAGCUGUCCAGUACCCGGAGCUCCGGCUGCUGUACAAGGAGGCGGGCUGCUGGCGGUGGUUUGUUAUCUACACCAGACAGGCUUUCUUGCUGAGUAACUGCCUGCAGAAGAUGGUCUCGGAAAAGGCAGCGAAGCUGGCUGCAGAGGAUUCAGAAAUGCAGAUUGAAGACCCAGGACGAGGCAAAGGUCAAAAGUGCUGCAUUCUCCCAAGUCCAAACUGGAAAAAUUACUCUACUUCUCGAUCAAGGAAAAGCAAGGUUCUCACAGCUUCUGCCAACUGUGUUUGGGGGACCAUAAUGGAGGAAGACCUUUGA